UUUUACAUUCGCAUCGCAGACGACUAAUCAUUGGUUCCGAGUGCAACCGUUGUUUCCUCCGGAACUAUUUGGCGACGCACGGCCUUAACCAGGAAGCGGGCAAUAACACACAGCAAUGGCUGACAUUGCAUGGCGUGGCCCAGCCUGAGAAUGACCCCUGAGCGACAUCAUGCUACCAACCAAACUGACCUGCCAGGCCACCCUGAACACCCUCAGACGGUACCGGCACCCCGCCUGCCUCUCCAGCACCGUCUCCUGCAAGGAAGAAUGGCUACCCAGAGGGUUCCUCACCUCGAGGGUUGACCCCGGCCUGAGAUCCAUUUGCUCCCCUGUUGGUGUAUCGCAGCAUCAUGGCAGGAGAUCCUUCAGCGUGUCGGCUGCUGCGAUUGUGAACGCAGCUCCGGCGCCUCUCCGGCCGUACCUCCGCUUGAUGAGGCUGGACAAACCGAUAGGAACGUGGCUGUUGUACCUCCCAUGCACGUGGAGCAUCGCCCUGGCUGCCGAGCCGGGACACCUCCCGGACUUGGGAAUGCUGGCCCUCUUCGGGACGGGGGCCCUGCUAAUGCGAGGAGCGGGCUGCACAAUCAACGACAUGUGGGACAAAGACUUUGACCAGAAGGUCGCCCGCACGGCCGCUCGGCCCAUCGCGGCGGGGGAGGUUAGUCGUCUGCAGGCUCUGGUGUUCCUGGGAGGGCAGCUGUCUCUCGCUCUCGGCGUUCUCCUGUGCCUCAACUAUUACAGCAUCGCUCUGGGUGCCGCCUCGUUGUCCCUGGUGGUCACUUACCCACUGAUGAAGAGGAUCACCUACUGGCCACAACUGGUGCUCGGUCUCACCUUCAACUGGGGGGCGUUGCUCGGCUGGUCCGCCAUCAAGGGCUCCUGUGAUUGGUCCGUGUGUCUCCCGCUGUACGUCUCCGGAGUGAUGUGGACGUUGAUCUACGACACCAUUUACGCACAUCAGGACAAGGAGGACGACGUCAAGGUGGGCGUCAAGUCCACCGCGCUGAGGUUCCAGGAGCAAACCAAACCUUGGCUAAGUGGCUUCACGGCGGCCAUGAUGGCGAGCCUGGUCGUGGCCGGGGUCCACGCGGAGCAGACCCUCCCUUACUACGCCGUCCUCGCCACCGUGGGCCUUCACUUAUCACGGCAGAUUUACACGCUGGACAUCAACAGGCCAGAAGACUGCUGGAAGAAGUUUGUAUCCAACAGAAACAUUGGCCUCCUGUUACUGUUAGGCAUCAUUGCAGGUAACCUGUGGAAAGGAAGGACAGAGACAGUCGUAUUAUAAGGACAUAGAGCAUGGGUGUCAAACUCUGGCCCGCCGUGUAAUUUAAUUUGGCCCUUGAGGCAUUAUCAAAUUAACAUUAGAGCUGGCCCGUCAGUAUUGCUAUAACACCGCAUUCACCACUAAUACUCAUACUUGCCAUCCCUCCUGAUUUUCCCGGGAGACUCACAAAUUUCAGUGCCCCUGCAGAAAAUGUUCAGGGGGCAACCAUUCUCCCGAAUUUCUCCCGAUUUCCACCCGGACAACGAUAUGGGGGGCGUGCCUUAAAGGCUCUGCUUUAAACGUCCUCUACAACUCUUCGUCACGUCCGCUUUUCCUACAUAGAAACAGCUUACCGGCUCAGUCACAUAAUAUAUGCAGCUUAUACACGCACUGACAAGGGAAUGCAAGGCAUACUUGGUCAACAACCAUACAGGUCGUAUAAACAACUUUGACACUGUUACAAAUAUGCGCCACACUGUGAACCCACACCAAACAAGAAUGACCAGUACAUUUCGGGAGAACAUCCGCACCGUAACACGACAUAAACACGACAGAACAAAUACCCAGAACCUACCUUUUCAGGGACGCUACAAUGUACACCCCCGCUACUUCGUCGGGGCGGCAUAGCUCGGUUGGUAGAGUGGCCGUGCCAGCAACUUGAGGGUUGCAAGUUCGAUUCCCGCUUGUGCCAUCCUAGUCACUGCCGUUGUGUCCUUCAGCAAGACACUUUACCCACCUGCUCCCAGUGCCACCCACACUGGUUUAAAUGUAACUUAGAUAUUGGGUGUCACUAUGUAAAGCGCUUUGAGUCCCUUGAGAAAAAGCGCUAUAUAAAUAUAAUUCACUUCAUUUCGUCACGUCCGCUUUUCCUACAUAGAAACAGCUUACCGGCUCAGUCACAUAAUAUAUGCAGCUUAUACACGCACUGACAAGGGAAUGCAAGGCAUACUUGGUCAACAGCCCUACAGGUUACACUGAGGGUGGCCGUAUAAACAACUUUAACACUGUUACAAAUAUGCGCCACACUGUGAACCCACACCAAACAAGAAUGACUAGUACAUUUCGGGAGAACAUCCGCACCGUAACACAACAUAAACACGACAGAACAAAUACCCAGAACCCCUUUCAGCACUACCUCUUCAGGGACGCUACAAUGUACACCCCCGCUACUUCGUCGGGGCGGCAUAGCUCGGUUGGUAGAGUGGCCGUGCCAGCAACUUGAGGGUUGCAAGUUCGAUUCCCGCUUGUGCCAUCCUAGUUACUGCCGUUGUGUCCUUGGGCAAGACACUUUACCCACCUGCUCCCAGUGCCACCCACACUGGUUUAAAUGUAACUUAGAUAUUGGGUGUCACUAUGUAAAGCGCUUUGAGUCACUGGAGAAAAGCGCUAUAUAAAUAUAAUUCACUUCACUUCGUCACGUCCGCUUUUCCUACAUAGAAACAGCUUACCGGCUCAGUCACAUAAUAUAUGCAGCUUAUACACGCACUGACAAGGGAAUGCAAGGCAUACUUGGUCAACAGCCCUACAGGUUACACUGAGGGUGGCCGUAUAAACAACUUUAACACUGUUACAAAUAUGCGCCACACUGUGAACCCACACCAAACAAGAAUGACUAGUACAUUUCGGGAGAACAUCCGCACCGUAACACAACAUAAACACGACAGAACAAAUACCCAGAACCCCUUUCAGCACUACCUCUUCAGGGACGCUACAAUGUACACCCCCGCUACUUCGUCGGGGCGGCAUAGCUCGGUUGGUAGAGUGGCCGUGCCAGCAACUUGAGGGUUGCAAGUUCGAUUCCCGCUUGUGCCAUCCUAGUUACUGCCGUUGUGUCCUUGGGCAAGACACUUUACCCACCUGCUCCCAGUGCCACCCACACUGGUUUAAAUGUAACUUAGAUAUUGGGUGUCACUAUGUAAAGCGCUUUGAGUCACUGGAGAAAAGCGCUAUAUAAAUAUAAUUCACUUCACUUCGUCACGUCCGCUUUUCCUACAUAGAAACAGCUUACCGGCUCAGUCACAUAAUAUAUGCAGCUUAUACACGCACUGACAAGGGAAUGCAAGGCAUACUUGGUCAACAGCCCUACAGGUUACACUGAGGGUGGCCGUAUAAACAACUUUAACACUGUUACAAAUAUGCGCCACACUGUGAACCCACACCAAACAAGAAUGACUAGUACAUUUCGGGAGAACAUCCGCACCGUAACACGACAUAAACACGACAGAACAAAUACCCAGAACCCCUUUCAGCACUAACUCUUCAGGGACGCUACAAUGUACACCCCCGCUACUUCGUCGGGGCGGCAUAGCUCGGUUGGUAGAGUGGCCGUGCCAGCAACUUGAGGGUUGCAAGUUCGAUUCCCGCUUGUGCCAUCCUAGUCACUGCCGUUGUGUCCUUGGGCAAGACACUUUACCCACCUGCUCCCAGUGCCACCCACACUGGUUUAAAUGUAACUUAGAUAUUGGGUGUCACUAUGUAAAGCGCUUUGAGUCACUGGAGAAAAGCGCUAUAUAAAUAUAAUUCACUUCACUUCGUCACGUCCGCUUUUCCUACAUAGAAACAGCUUACCGGCUCAGUCACAUAAUAUAUGCAGCUUAUACACGCACUGACAAGGGAAUGCAAGGCAUACUUGGUCAACAACCAUACAGGUCACACUGAGGGUGGCCGUAUAAACAACUUUAACACUGUUACAAAUAUGCGCCACACUGUGAACCCACACCAAACAAGAAUGACUAGUACAUUUCGGGAGAACAUCCGCACCGUAACACAACAUAAACACGACAGAACAAAUACCCAGAACCCCUUUCAGCACUACCUCUUCAGGGACGCUACAAUGUACACCCCUGCUACUUCGUCGGGGCGGCAUAGCUCGGUUGGUAGAGUGGCCGUGCCAGCAACUUGAGGGUUGCAAGUUCGAUUCCCGCUUGUGCCAUCCUAGUUACUGCCGUUGUGUCCUUGGGCAAGACACUUUACCCACCUGCUCCCAGUGCCACCCACACUGGUUUAAAUGUAACUUAGAUAUUGGGUGUCACUAUGUAAAGCGCUUUGAGUCACUGGAGAAAAGCGCUAUAUAAAUAUAAUUCACUUCACUUCGUCACGUCCGCUUUUCCUACAUAGAAACAGCUUACCGGCUCAGUCACAUAAUAUAUGCAGCUUAUACACGCACUGACAAGGGAAUGCAAGGCAUACUUGGUCAACAACCAUACAGGUCACACUGAGGGUGGCCGUAUAAACAACUUUAACACUGUUACAAAUAUGCACCACAGUGUGAACCCACACCAAACAAGAAUGACUAGUACAUUUCGGGAGAACAUCCGCACCGUAACACAAUAUAAACACAACAGAACAAAUACCCAGAACCCCUUUCAGCACUACCUCUUCAGGGACGCUACAAUGUACACCCCCGCUACUUCGUCGGGGCGGCAUAGCUCGGUUGGUAGAGUGGCCGUGCCAGCAACUUGAGGGUUGCAAGUUCGAUUCCCGCUUGUGCCAUCCUAGUCACUGCCGUUGUGUCCUUGGGCAAGACACUUUACCCACCUGCUCCCAGUGCCACCCACACUGGUUUAAAUGUAACUUAGAUAUUGGGUGUCACUAUGUAAAGCGCUUUGAGUCACUGGAGAAAAGCGCUAUAUAAAUAUAAUUCACUUCACUUCGUCACGUCCGCUUUUCCUACAUAGAAACAGCUUACCGGCUCAGUCACAUAAUAUAUGCAGCUUAUACACGCACUGACAAGGGAAUGCAAGGCAUACUUGGUCAACAACCAUACAGGUCACACUGAGGGUGGCCGUAUAAACAACUUUAACACUGUUACAAAUAUGCACCACAGUGUGAACCCACACCAAACAAGAAUGACUAGUACAUUUCGGGAGAACAUCCGCACCGUAACACAAUAUAAACACAACAGAACAAAUACCCAGAACCCCUUUCAGCACUAACUCUUCAGGGACGCUGCAAUGUACACCCCCGCUACUUCGUCACGCCCGCUUUUCCUACAUAGAAACAGCUUACCGGCUCAGUCACAUAAUAUAAGCAGCUUAUACACGCACUGACAAGGGAAUGCAAGGCAUACUUGGUCAACAACCAUACAGGUCGUAUAAACAACUUUGACACUGUUACAAAUAUGCGCCACACUGUGAACCCACACCAAACAACAAUGACAUUUCGGGAGAACAUCCGCACCGGUUUAGCUCAGUUGGUAGAGUGGCCCUGCCAGCAACUUGAGGGUUGCAGGUUCAAUUCCCGCUUCUGCCAACCUAGUCACUGCCGUUGUGUCCUUGGGCAAGACACUUUACCCACCUGCUUCCAGUGCCACCCACACUGGUUUGAUUGUAACUUAGAUAUUGGGUUUCACGAUGUAAAGUGCUUUGAGUCACCAGAGAAAAAGCGCUAUAUAAGUAUAAUUCACUUCAUUAUUCAAUGGAAAACUUGAUUGGGUCCCUAUUAAAAGGUUAAUUUGUUCAA